AUGCCGGUGACAGUGUUCCUGAAGCCUUUGACUCUCUCCUCCGCCCCUCUUAGGACCCUCCACCUGGUGCUCAGCUCCAUACUACCAAUCACCUGGUGGCUGAAGGCUGAGCUGCUGCACCUCCCAGUAUUUGUGCAGGUGUCUCCAAACUCCAGUGUUCAGUCGCAGACUCUACAUUUGCAUGUUCAAACGGUUCAUUCGUUACCUUUUCGCCUCCACGCACUGCACCGCUGGGCCCUUAAGCACCAUGGCAACCUCUCCUCACUGAUCCACACGAGGCAAGGCAAUCGAGUCUACAUCCAUCUGGGAGAAGAUCCGUCCCUUCCUGCUGUGUGCCAGCUUCAGUCUUUAUUCUUCUUUCAAAAUUACAUGACCUCAGAUUUGCAGCCAGAAAACGUGAAGGGCUGCACCCUUCCCAGAGGGAGUGAGGCUAGCCCGGAAGUCCAUGUGAUCAAGCUCCACUCAGCAGGCUCAGGGCUUAGUGGGUGA